AUGAGUUCCUUCCUGUCCAUGAGACCUGGACGCUGUUCGAGGGAAAGCGAAGGGGCCCUUGACUCAGCUGACUCACCUGUCGUUCGCUGGGAGAUGCUGCCUGCGCACAUAUGGAACACCAAUCGCAUGUUUAGCAGCAAUGCGGAGAGACCCUUCCAGAUAGAACCUCUCGCUGGCAUCCCCGCCCAAGUCGCUAUGCCAAGCCACCUUGCGCUCUCCCCGAGAGACAACGUCGACGCAGCGGUAGCUGCUGCAGCACAAGCAGCAGUAACGACAGCAGCAGGAGUAGAAGCUUUGCUCAACAGAGGGAACCAAGGAAUGAUACCUCACAGUCUGGAAGACUGGCCGAAUAGCGAAGUCAGUAGUCCUGCGCAAGGAGGAAACGGCGGGGACAGCAGGAGAAGGAACGUGUACGAUGGAACAGAGGCAGGCUAUGAACGUUUCGAGAGCGAAAUGAGUUCUGUUUCUCCAUUUCAAGAAGGGGGAGAAUGGGUGCUGCAAGACGUUUCCCCACGGAGUACUAGCUGUGACGAUACUGCGCCUGAACGCCACAACCUGGAGGCUACACACGACAGUACGACAGGUGAAGAGCCAGAGCUGUUCUUUGAGGCGGAUGUGACGGACUUGGGAGUGGAACAAGAAUUGUAUAGCUCAGAUAAUAGCGAGAGCGACGACUACAGCGACAGCGACGGCUCCAGUGGCGUUGAGAGUGAGAGCGACGCCGAAGGAGACAGGGUGGAGGAGGAAGAAGAGGAGAACGAAAUACAGGAAAAAGGUGCGGAAGAAAAGGAUAAGGACGUACUAGAAAAAGAGGAGGCACACGAACAGAAGCCGGUGGCAGCAGUGGGCGAUAUGUGGCACUGCGUGUGCCCGGUGCACGGGCUAGACGGCCUCGCAGCCGGAGGUGAAACUCUGGACUUUGAGGGCAGCGAUGCAGACGGCUGGACAGACGUAGGAGGGAUUGGGAUCGGGGGAUCCACGUCGUUGGAGGCGGCUCCCUGCAGCUGUCUCGAAGCGGCUGCGUUGCCCAAGGGCCCCCGGCAGCAGAAGAAAGAACAGCUCCUCAAAGCAGCGGAGACCGAAGAACGCACAGUAGCCAGCGGCGCGGUGUUAUCCGACGGGGAAGGUGUUUUAACAGUGGAGACGGGGCAGAAUUUAUCGGAUGACGCAACUCUGGAGCCACAACUCGGCAUUAACAGUAUCUGCAGCAGCAACACGGGCUACGGUGCCAGGGAAUACAGCGUGUGUGUAACUCCCGAGGCCUCCGAAGGCUCCCUCUCGCCUCAGGCAAGAGCAGAUGAACCCGUCGCCGGGAGGCUGCAGUCCCUCAUCGCGAGCCUUGAAGCGCAGCAGUGGAGGGGGUUGCUGCGGGCCAAUCCCGAUUUAGUUACCAAAGUGCAAAAGGAAAGAACAGAUGGAGGUUCGGCCAAUUGA